UUAACGUCAUAUCUAUCUGUUCCGGUCGGUUGUCCGGUCAUUGUCUUUUUGCUUCGGUUAGAGUUGGAGAAGAUUUUAACUGUGAAAACAUACAAGUUAACUGAAUUUUAAUAUCCAAAAGUUACUUUACGAAGUUUAACAAGUUAUAAUCCUAUUCUACCGAUUACAGUAACAAAUCGGCAUCCAAAGUUAGAAUUAUAAGAAUCACCCCAAUCAUCAUGGUUGGUAAACUGAACAAGCUAUUCGUAUUGAAAAGAGGUGGAAGGAUGGAAGAGGUUCAUAUUGAUAAGAUUACGUCAAGGAUAAAAAAGUUAUGCUACGGUUUGAAUAUGGAUUUUGUGGACCCGGUAUCUAUUACCCUGAAAGUCAUAAACGGUAUAUACUCUGGGGUGACCACUGUUGAACUUGAUAACUUAGCUGCAGAAACAGCCGCUACUAUGACUACUGAUCAUCCCGAUUAUGCAAUACUUGCUGCAAGAUUGGCCAUUUCUAAUUUACAUAAAGAAACAAAGAAACACUUUUCUGAUGUAAUAACCGACUUAUACAACAUAGUGAACCCACAUACCAAGAAGAGAACACCAAUGAUUUCCGAGUUCCAUUACAAUUUAAUCAUUCAAAACAAGGAGAGACUAGACUCUGCUAUUGUGUAUGAUAGAGAUUUUAAAUACAACUACUUUGGAUUCAAAACCUUGGAAAGAUCAUAUUUAUUGAAAAUCAACAAUAAGGUUGCAGAAAGGCCACAGCAUAUGCUCAUGCGAGUUUCUAUAGGAAUACAUGGCGAAGACAUUGAGGGGGCUAUAAACACCUACAAUCUUCUGUCAGAAAAAUAUUUUACACAUGCAAGUCCAACUCUUUUCUCAGCAGCAACUCCACGACCACAAUUAUCUUCAUGCUUUCUUAUAGCAAUGAGGGAUGAUAGCAUUGAGGGAAUUUAUGACACGUUAAAACAAUGUGCCCUCAUUUCUAAGUCAGCUGGUGGGAUAGGUCUUCAUGUACACUGCAUUAGAGCAAAGGGAACUUAUAUAGCUGGUACAAAUGGUGUCUCUAAUGGUCUAGUACCCAUGUUAAGAGUGUACAACAACACUGCUCGAUAUGUAGACCAAGGAGGUAAUAAAAGACCCGGCGCAUUUGCCAUAUACUUAGAACCAUGGCAUGCUGAUAUAUUUGAAUUCCUUGAUUUGAAAAAGAACACUGGGAAAGAAGAAGUCCGUGCCAGAGAGCUAUUCUAUGCUUUAUGGAUACCUGACUUGUUCAUGAAAAGAGUAGAAAGCAAUCAAGAUUGGAGUAUCAUGUGCCCCCAUGAAUGUCCUGGACUAGCAGACUGUUGGGGUGAGGAAUUUGAAGCUUUGUAUGAGAAAUAUGAAAAAGAGGGUCGCUUCGUGAAACAAGUGAGAGCUCAAGUUCUUUGGAAAGCUAUUAUCGAAGCACAAGUUGAAACAGGAACUCCAUACAUGCUUUAUAAAGAUUCAUGCAAUAGAAAAAGCAACCAAAAGAACUUGGGUACUAUUAAAUGCAGCAACUUGUGCACUGAAAUUGUAGAAUACACCUCAUCAGAUGAAGUGGCUGUGUGCAAUCUAGCAUCAAUUGCUUUAAAUAUGUUUGUGAAUGAGGACAAAACAUAUAAUUUCACCAAAUUAAAGGAAGUUACUAAGACUAUAACUCAGAAUCUAAAUAAAAUUAUUGAUGUAAAUUAUUACCCAGUGCCAGAGGCAAAAAACUCAAAUAUGAGGCACCGACCCAUCGGAAUUGGAGUCCAAGGAUUAGCUGAUGCAUUUGUUUUAAUGCGUAUACCUUACGAAAGUGAGGCAGCAAUUAAAUUAAAUCAACAAAUAUUUGAAACAAUUUAUUAUGGGGCACUAGAAGCCAGUUGUGAGUUAGCUGAGAAGUAUGGCGUCUAUGAGACUUAUGAAGGCUGUCCUGCCAGUCAAGGUAUAUUGCAAUAUGAUAUGUGGAAUAAAACCCCCACAGACUUGUGGAAUUGGGUGUCACUCAAAGAAAAAAUUGCCAAACAUGGUCUUAGAAAUUCCCUAUUAUUAGCUCCAAUGCCAACUGCAUCCACUGCUCAAAUAUUGGGAAAUAAUGAAUCAUUUGAACCAUUUACUUCCAACAUUUAUCAGAGACGAGUCUUGUCAGGUGAAUUCCAAGUUGUUAAUCAUCAUUUGUUACGAGAUUUAACUGAAGCUGAUUUAUGGGAUGAAGAUAUGAAAAAUCUUAUCAUCCACAAUAAUGGAUCUAUUCAAAAUAUUGAAGCAAUUCCUAAAGAUAUAAGGGACUUAUAUAAAACUGUCUGGGAAGUGUCUGUAAAAACAACAAUACAAAUGGCUGCUGACAGAGGGGCAUUUAUUGAUCAGAGCCAAUCCUUCAAUAUUCAUGUUGCUGAACCAAAUUAUGGUAAAUUGACAUCUAUUCAUUUCUAUGCGUGGAAAAUGGGCUUAAAAACGGGAAUGUACUAUUUACGCACGAAGCCAGCCGCAAAUGCUAUCCAGUUCACUGUUGACAAAUCUAAGGUUAAGGGUAGAGUCACAAAUGGGAAAUCUGAAGUGGAUGAUGCCAAUAUGGCGGCGAUUACUUGCUCAUUACAAAAUAAGGAUGAAUGUUUGAGCUGUGGUUCAUAAACCUUACGGACCUGGAACAUAUUUUAAGUGAACAUGAUCAUGAUAAUUUUGUACUGUUCUAAUAUUUUUUUGUAGCUACAUUUUUAUUAUUUCCAAGAUAGACCAUGUUAAUGUUAGUUUCCUAUAUUAUUGCAUUUUUACGUGUUUAGCUAUGAUAUACCUUAUUUCAAUGGAGGACACAAUCUAAUAAUAAAUUUUAAUUUUUUUAUCCAUUUGCAAAUUAUCAAUUGUCCUUUUUUAUAAAAUGUAUAUUUAAUCUGUCAUGUCUCCAAUAAUCUAAUCGAAUAAAUAAUAAUUCGUCAUUAAAA